UCGUUCCUCCUGCCGGCCUCCGUUGUCCAUCAAUUCCAGGCAGAAGUUAUAUAGGCUGAGCCUGAACAAAACAGUUUAUACAUUAUUAUAGAUGCUCAACAUCAGUGUAAACGCUUCAUCCAGAAAGUGAAAGUUAGUGAAGUUUUCGAUCUCCAUCUAAUAUGCUCUAUAAUUAGUGCAGAGCUGAAACUUAAAGUGAUAACGUCGGGCGCGGGCCAGGGUUUCGGAUCAGGUCAGGCCGCUGGGCUACAUGUACAUGUAGCUAGGGAGUGUAUUCGGAACCUCAACUUGAUCCAGUGACUAAGAUGGCUUGUUAUCUCAAGCUCGCUGCUCUUCUUGUCAUCUUCACGGGUUGCCAUGGAAAAAUAGAUUAUGAUGGAGGUGUAUACUUGAAUGAUGCGCUCCGUUUGUGGCAGGAUCAGAGCCUCUUAGAGAGGGCACCAUCCGUUCAGAAUGUAUCUGAUGUCUGCCUGCAAGAUUUGCUGAAGCUGUUUUCAGGAGACCCCAAUUUGAUCCAAGUUCUGGAUUCCUUUGGGAAACCUACACCCGGUACUCUUGUUGGCAACACGGCAUGGCUUGGCCAUUUUGAUGAGUGCAUGAACAUCACUGAGUUUAGAUAUUGCCUUGUCGACAUGGGACUCAACAUCACGAUAAGUGUCAACAACACUUUGGCGUUGCCAAUCAGCUGGGGUGUGUGUGCUCCAGUCAGCUGUAGUGAAGACGAUGUACAAAAUGGUCUGGACAUCCUCUUAGGUAAAUAUAUGAAACUUGUUUGAAUUUCGAUUCAAGUGGAA